CGUGUUUAAGUUAUGAAACGGCACCUAUUUUGUAACAUGUCUUAAUUUUAUUGUAUAACUAAUUUGAAGACAAUAGUUUAAAUAGUUUGGACUUUGAAUGGGAUAUAGUGCACCGGUAUCAGAUAACCCCCGAAAUGUAUUAAACUGUUCGUACGACCCAGACCUGGCAGCCGAUAACAUUAAGUCAUGUUUUCAACUCAUGGCUACAUGUGAAAUUGAUUAUUGCUAAAAUAAUGCCAAAUGGAAUAUAAGUUACUAACCUAUCCAGUACUAUUUGUGUAACUGAACGCGUACCGAUCUCAUUUUGUUGUUUAUUGUGUCAUUCGGAUAAGAGUUAACAGGCUUUUUCCAUUGAAGCUGAAAAUAUAGCUAAUGUAUUGGAGUAAUUAGAUAAUUAGAAAAAUCUGAAUAAUGAGCAAAAAUAACCGACGUUAUUUUAAUUUUUUGUCGUCUGCUAUUUACGUUUGCUCUAUUUCCUCUUGAUUGGAGCCAUUCGCGUAUUUGAAUACAUGGAUAUAAUGGUAUUUCUUGGUGUCGUUUGGUUUACUAUUUAAACAAAUCGGCUUCAUUUCAAUUUAAUCUCUUAUGAAAUUAUUUCAAUUUCGAUUGUUAUUCCCUCUAGAAUGUCGAUAAUUUUUUUUCAAAUCUUGAAAAAGUGUACAUAUAAAGUGUAAAUAAAUGACAAGUUUAAUAGCUAAGCUUAGGAAAUAUCAGGUGCUUUAACCGUGUGCUGUCAGCACAUAUCAGGUGAUCAUUGGGAAAAAUACAGGUGUAUUUAAAACAUAUAACAAGACAGAACUUUAUUGGUUUUGACCGUCAGUAAAAGAUUGACCGGAUUUGUAUGUACUGAAGCGUUUAUGGGCCAUCUUAAGUCAACAGUGUCGUGAUUGUAAAUUAAAAUUCAACAUAGUAUGUCUGCCUUUGAAACUGUCAUAUCAUAUAUUGAAAUCUGAAAAUCGAGUGUAUAUUUCAACGGGUAACUGUGCAGUGUUGUGUGAAAAAGUUAUUAGUGGAUCUUAAGGAAGGUUAAAUAAGGGAAGGUAAAAAAAUAGUGUGAUGAUGCAGGGGCGGUUUCGUUUGAAGUUGAAGAAAUUCUUAAAUGUUGUGAAUUGUUCCACAAAAAUAUCAGUUGGAUAUGGCCAGAAACAUCCGCCGGCGAGUGACUGGAGAAAGACAUGGUGGGAAUCUUUUGAGGAGACGCCAUUGUAUGCGGCUAUCUGGACGUACCUCGGAUAUGGGAUGCUGGUCAUAGUCGGCUACAUACGAGACUUUCUCCGGAACGUAGGGAUAGAAAAACAAAAGUCAUGUACGGAGCCAAGAUUACCGGGGUUUGUACCUCUUUAUCAAAGUUGGGAGAACUUUUACACCCGGAAUUUAUACCGUCGUGUUCGAGACUGUUGGAACCGUCCGAUAUGUAGCGUGGCUGGAGAGUACAUGGACGUCAUGGACCGGACUUCGCCGGAUUCAGGAUGGAACUUUGAAUUAUCUGACAAAAAGCACCACGUUAUGAACUUUGGGUCGUACAAUUACCUUGGGUUCGCCGACAACAAAGGACCAUGCAAGGACGCAGCGGAAGAAACCACGCGGAAAUAUGGGAUAUCAACGUGCGGCAGCCGACAGGAACUGGGGUACCUCGAUAUACACCGAGAAUUGGAGGAUCUUAUAGCCCAGUUUCUGGGCGUAGAAGCGGCCAUGACAGUUCCUAUGGGCUUCGCCACAAAUUCCAUGAAUAUGCCAUGUUUAGUCAGUAAAGGAUGUCUUAUUUUAAGUGACGAGUUAAACCACGCAUCUUUAGUCUUAGGAAGUCGUUUAACAGGGGCCACGAUACGAACAUAUAAACAUAAUGAUAUGGCUGAUUUAGAGAAGAAAUUGAAAACAUUAAUCGUUCAUGGUCAGCCUAGAAGUCAUAGACAGUGGAAGAAAAUACUUAUAGUUGUAGAAGGCGUUUAUAGUAUGGAGGGGUCUAUAGCUUGUUUACCAGAGAUUUUACGAUUAAAGAAGAAAUAUAAGGCUUAUGUUUAUUUGGAUGAAGCUCACAGUAUAGGUGCCGUAGGAAAUAAGGGGCGUGGUAUUGUCGAUUAUUUUGGACUAGACCCCAAGGAUAUAGAUAUUAGAAUGGGAACUUUUACAAAAAGUUUUGGCUCAGCCGGCGGAUAUAUAGGUGGAUCUAAAAAAUUGAUAAAUCACUUACGAUGUCACUCACACGCCUCCAUAUAUAGUCCAACAAUGCCACCACCGGUUGCUCAACAAGUUAUAUCAUCCAUGAGAAUUAUUAUGGGCUUAGAUGGAACUAAUCAAGGUGUUGGAAGAAUACAACAAUUGAAGGACAAUAUACGAUAUUUUAGACGGAGGCUUCAUGAAAAAGGUUUCAUAAUCUACGGAAAUAAAGAUUCCCCUGUAGUUCCUAUUCUCAUCUAUUAUCCAUCAAAAACUGUAGCUUUUAGUAGAGAAUGUUUAAAACGUGGACUAGGAACUGUUGUUGUCGGUUUCCCGGCAACCUCUAUCAUAGAAUCACGUGCCAGAAUAUGCCUGUCGGCUGCUCACACGCCGGAAAUGGUUGACAAGGCCUUAGACAUUAUUGAUGAGGUAGGAGAUUUAUUACGUAUCAAAUAUUCUCAUUUGGAGUUACCCCAGUGGUGCGAAGAUGACACCAAUGCCAACGAUCUUAUACAGGACUAGAAGAGAUUUUCAACAUUCCAAGAUCUGACAUCCAAAAACAGGGUAUCGAGAUUUUCCAAAAUGACAGAACACACUAUGUGAAUAGUUCAUGUGCUCUUAUUGUAUAACAAUCAUGCAGUACUUCCUGUAAUGAAGUCUACAAUCAUAAAACAAAUGUUCAUCACAUGGUUUUAACCACAUGAUUCAGGUGUGAAAUGUCACAAAUGUACACAUGACUGUAUUGGUGUUUUAUAUAGAUAAUUGCCUCUAAAAAUAGAAACCAUUGACAAGAACCGAACACCAUAAAUUAAAUUCUGGAUUGCACAUUUGAUGGAACACUAAAAAAUCAAAUUCUGACUGAAACAUUUGAUGGAUAUAUGACAAUUACAUGUGCCUAGACUUUUUUGCAACAAUCUCUUCACUGUUGAUGAAUAUGGUUUUAAUCUGUCUUAAAAAUGCUUUUUAUCUUUCUUGGAGGGAAAAUACAUGUAUAUGUUGUCAACUUAGCGCAGUAACAGGUUAACUCUUUAUAUAUUUUAUUAGGAGAUAGCCCAUUACUGCACUAAGGUGAUUAUGUAUUGUACUGGAUGCAAAAUGCAACAACUACUUAGACCCAAGGAAAUACCAAUGGAACAAUUAUUAUAUAAAAUUUUGCUCUUUAUAAUUGUAUGCAAAAUAUAAGAAAAUUUUAUGCCAAAAAUAUCAAGUUUUAAAAGUAAUUACUUAUUUGCCACUCAAAUGUUUACUAAUAAAUUAUGCACAAAUAAUUUUUCAAGUAUAUUAUACAGUUUAACGAAUAUGUCCCAACUUACACAAGACACUAUACUUUUAUAUAUCAAUUUUAUUUUUAUGCACCUUUACCAUGUUUUUAAUGGUAAAAAUAUAGAGAAUUCCAUUUUAUUUUGUAGUUUCUUGAGUACAUAUUCAAGAUAAAUAAAAGUUAGUCAGUCUUUAUUUCUAUGGAAUAAUGUACUAUAUUUAUUGCUUCAGUUAUAGCACAGUACAGACAACACAACUAUACAAUAUCUAAAGAUAUUGACCUGCACUUUUUUAAUGCCUAUUUAUCAUUGGUCAUACUGUAUAUAGUGACCAUAAAAAUAUGAAUGAGUGCAAUAUAUAGGAUUUUUAAAUCUCAUCUUAUUAUGCUCAAUCACUGAUGCUAAAAUUAACACAUAACCUGUUGGAACAAAAAGUGAUGAGCCUUUGCCACCAGUAUAGAGCCAGGCCAGCCUGCACAUCCGUGCAGUCUGACCAGGCUCUAUACUAUUGGCAGCUCAAUUUUUAUAUUCUGAUAUUGAAAUCCCUUAAACUUUGAAAUGGUCUGUUCCAAAUUCAAAGCUGGACAGAUCCAUUAUAGAAAUAUAAGGGUUAAGGGUAAAAAGUUCAGUCCAACCAUCAUUAAUAUCAGUGGGAUUUGAUCAUUUUGAUUCUUUAAAUCAAACUUUUGUUGAAUUUAACCCUUAACCAACUGAAUUUGUGUAAUGGACUUGUCCUAUUUUGAAUUUGGAACAGUCCAUUUAAAUUUUAUGGGAUUUUAAUAAAAAACAUAUGAAAAAUUUAACUUCCAACUGAAUAGAGCCUGAUCAGUCUGCAUGGAUGUGCAGGCUGGCAUGACUCUAUUCUGGUGGCAAAGGCUUCACUUUCAGGUCCAGCUAGCAGGUUAAGGGUGAAAACAAUGAUUAUUAAAUUGAAUUUAAACAAAAUCAACAAUAUUAUGAUUUAUGAUUAAGAUUUUUACCAUAGAUUCUAAAAGCUAAGUCCAUUUUAGCAUACAUGUAUCAUAUUUUUUUCCUUUUUUUAAAAAAUCUCAUUCUGUAGUUUAUCUAUAAAUAUUUGGAAACAGUAACAAGAUAUGUAAAAACAUAAUUUGUUAUGAAAAAUAAAUAUUUCUGAGGCUUAAUGGGCCUUUAAUAAAAUUACAUUCUUAAAAUAUGAACUAAAUAAAUAUUAAAAGUGUGUGAUUUUGUCAUGUACACAUGAGCUUCAUAUUGAACUAACUUAUCAGUGUUAAGGGGGCAAUGACUGGACUAUCAAUUGUUCAUAUUUUUAUUUGUUUGCAUUCAAUCUCUCAUUUGUUUGAUUAAAGAUUUGAUAAGAUAAAACAAUUAUAAAGUAAAGCUUACUGCUUUGUACUUUUUAAAGUUUUAAAUAUUUUUCCCCACUUCUACCUUACAACAGUUAGUUGUGACCCUUGCCCCUUAUCUCCAGGUAGUAGAGAAGAAUGGGAGGGAAUUUAGCCAAGUUUGAAUCUGUUGUCUGUCCCCGCACUGCCUGGUCAAUGUGGUGGCUUUAUUUUGGUGCCAAAAAGGCAAUAUAGCAGGGAAUAUCUUUAACUUGCAGGGGUGGCAGUAUUCGGUGGGAAUGAUCCGAUAGCCCAACAUGGAAGCACCUUGACCGCGUUAUUCAAUAAUCCAAAACUAAAAUUGAAUUAUGGACUGCUUGGUUACUUUGUUAAUUUUUAUAUAAUUUUAUGAGUUAGUUUGAGAAAAUGAAAAUUAUAAGCAGCCACUAAAUAGUAGUGUCUAGUCAGACUGCAAAAAGCAGACUGGUAUAAAACUCCAUACUGGUGCCCUGGCUCAUAAUUACUAAGUAUUCGUCAAGUUAUCAUCUCUCCAGAAUUAUUACAGUAUUACAUUAUGAUAAUUAUUACUUUUGAGCUUUUGAUUUAUUAUACCUGUAUCAAAAACUGCCACAGCACAUGGUGUCAAAAACAGUGUCAUUUUUACCAUGAUCUGAUGAUCAUCAUGAUCCAUGCGUCAAAUGACAAAGAUUAUAGUCCAGGUCGUUGAAAUGCUCAUUGCAUCAUAUAAUGGAUAUGUUUAAAUGGUACUACUUUUUAUCAUUUUCAGCCUCAAAUGUCAGAAAACAGGAUAUCAUACGGCUCAUGAAUCACUAUAUCAUAUCUCUUAAAUCAUGUACCAUAUCUCAAUUGUUUUAAAAAGUACAUUUUUAGUAACAAUGAAGAUUUGAUGUCAAAGUCUUCAAACAUUCAACUUGUGAUCCUUGCAUUUAUUCACACUGUGAUAAGAUAACACAUAUCUAUUAACCUUUACCCCAACUAAUUUUGUAUAAUGGACUCACCCAGUUUUGAAUUUGGACCAGUCCAUUUGUAGUUUUAGGAAAUACAAUGUUUUAAUUGUAGUUAUAUUGUAAAAAGCCUUAAAAAUGUUUCAGGUAGAAUAAUAAAUUCUUUAAUAAUUAAUAACGAUACAGAGCCCGGUCAAACUGCGCAGACUGAAAGACGAGCAGAUUGGCCUGGCUCUAUAUUAAAAGCAGACGCCUUUAUAUCGUAAGGCGAAUAAUUAUCAUUGUGUAAGAUAACAUUAUCAUUUAAUCUACGUAUCACUUAGGAAGCUUAUAUAACCGUCACUAUCAGGUUGUACGUUGAGCAUUGUACAAUUACCUACGUCAAGAUCAAAAUCUGAUUCGCUACGGUGAUAACAUGACAUAGUUUAUGACUUUAAUGUCAAGGUCACCGAACGUCAUUUUUUUGACAAAAAUAAUCCCUUAGAAACCGUCUUACAAAAUGAAAGUUAUUGAAGCCAAAAUUAGUCAACUUACUUUAUAGAACAAUUCAUUCAAAAUUCAGUAAACUAAUUCAGUUUUUUUUUUAU